CGGACGGACAUACGGAGGGAGAAGGCGAGCAUAGCGAGACACUCGAAGGGCAAAGCUUGUUCUGUGUCUGACUCUCUUCUUCGCAGAGGAUAUUUCGGUUGUUUAUUGGCUCAAUAAGUAGCGCACGUUGACGUUUAUCCCAAAAACCUUUUCACACGCACAAGAGCAAGAGAAACCAGGACUGACUUCUCCUCGGGACUGCGCUGUACUUUCACUCCAAGAGCUCUCUGGGACUACAUAAAACCCCCUCACCGAAUACAACGACCUAUGGUCAGUAUUAAAUCCAGCGCAUUGAAGAGGAAGAUCUGAAGUGAAUCUGAAUGCAGCAUUGAGAUCGAGACAGACAGCCCUGACCAGCGAUAUUAUAUCUGCCUAAUUCAUAGUGAUUUGUCCUCUUUUGACUUCUAGAGGGACGUGAAAAGUGAGAUAACAUUUUAUUUUUACAGACUAAAAAGGGACUUUCUGGACUGGCUUUUUGAGAGGUUUGACUCUGAAGAACAACGUGUUUAUGGAUUUCAGCGCACAGAGGAACACCGGGAGUUGUAGGCUACGCUGCUAUGUAUCGAUCAUGUUGAUACCCAGCUUUUACUUUAAACUUUGAUAGAUGUUCACCGAACAUAAUCUCACUGAUACAGAGAAACGACUUUAGAUAAACACGCUCAGAUAGCCCAGACUCAUCUAGAGGAAGCGGGAAGCGCCUUUUCGCCCUUCCUUGUGUUUUUCUCCCAACACGUCAGGACGGAUCUCUAUCACUCACUCUCUCCUUCUGUGAUUUAAACAAAAGACCAAAGUGUUUGGGGAUAGCAUGGCAAUGGUAGUAAACCAGUGGCCAGAGAACAUUUCUGCAGAUCCGGGCUCUCAGCUCCAGAUUUGCGGACAGGAGCCCGGCGGGGCACCAGGAACCCCCAACGGUUCCACCCCGGGAAACGAUGCGCUUUCCGGGGACAAGAUCCCCAACGUGGACUGCAUGGUGUGCGGGGACAAAUCCAGCGGGAAGCAUUACGGUCAGUUCACCUGCGAGGGAUGCAAAAGCUUCUUCAAGCGCUCGGUGAGGCGAAACCUGUCCUACACCUGCAGAGGGAACCGGGACUGUCCCAUCGACCAGCACCACAGGAACCAGUGCCAGUACUGUCGGCUCAAGAAGUGUCUCAAAGUCGGCAUGAGGAGAGAAGGCAGAAAACUCGAGCAGAUCCAGAGUCAUGGUGUACAGCCAUCUUCCAGACCAGCUGUGCAACGAGGACGUACAUCGAACUCUCAGACCAGCCCCGGACAGUACCUGACCAACGGCACAGAUCCAUACAACGGCCAACCGUACCUGUCUGGCUUUAUAUCUCUGUUGCUGCGCGCAGAGCCCUACCCCACGUCUCGCUACGGGGCCCAGUGCAUGCAGGGAAACAACCUGAUGGGCAUCGAGAACAUCUGUGAGCUGGCGGCAAGACUGCUGUUCAGUGCUGUUGAGUGGGCAAAGAAUAUCCCUUUCUUCCCUGAUCUGCAGCUCAUGGAUCAGGUGGCGCUGUUGCGCAUGUCAUGGAGCGAGCUCUUCGUCUUGAACGCUGCUCAGUGCUCCAUGCCGCUCCAUGUGGCCCCUCUGCUGGCAGCAGCAGGCCUGCAUGCGUCACCCAUGUCAGCAGAGCGCGUGGUGGCCUUCAUGGACCACAUCCGGGUCUUCCAGGAGCAGGUGGAGAAACUGAAAGCCCUGCAGGUCGACACGGCUGAAUACUCCUGCCUCAAGUCCAUCGUGCUCUUUACUUCUGAUGCCAUGGGGCUGUCUGACGUUGCCCAUGUGGAGAGCAUCCAGGAGAAGUCCCAGUGUGCCCUGGAGGAGUACGUAAGGAACCAGUACCCCAGCCAGCCAAACCGCUUCGGGCGCCUCCUCCUUCGCCUGCCAUCCCUUCGGAUCGUCUCCUCUCCGGUCAUCGAGCAGCUGUUUUUCGUCCGCUUAGUUGGCAAGACACCCAUCGAGACACUGCUUCGUGACAUGCUUCUCUCUGGCUCAAGCUACAACUGGCCCUACAUGCCAACCGUGCAGCGCGAGAGACCGAUUUCCCUCCACUACAACGAAAAUGGGCCGUGAGGUGCAGAGACAAAGAAGAAGCUCCGAAAUGAAACCCAGGCUGAACAUCCAUCUAACUUUCCAACCAUCCUUCACUUCCUUUAAUUGUCUGUAUUCUACAGAGGAAACGUCGCCCUCACCAUUCCACUGACAAUAUCAUCCAUUACCGUCCCGGUUUCACGAACCAGCCAAUCAUUCACCACAGCUACUGCAGAGACUCUGUGGCCAGUUGCCGUCCCACAGUGGACGGUGCAGGUCUACACUGGAGAUGUGGCAUGAGAUGGGCCGGUUGGUGGAACGGGAUUUUGCACAGUUCACCAGCAGGUCUGUUUGACUCUCUUCAGAUGUCAGUCUCAACCUCAUGAAAACAGGGGCAACAUAGACAAAACAUUUGCUCGACGGUCGGUGCUAUGCCUUCAUUCACAGAGGCUGGGCAUGGAGCAAGGGCUUUACCAAUGGGACUCCGCCAGCAGGAGCACGAGGCCCGCUGUAUAUUCACCAAUUUUAAAAAGAAAGCCAGAAGCCAUUAAGAAAAAGAGACAAAUGCCAAAAUGUCUUGGACUUUUGCAGAGGACAAUUUUUAUUGUGUGUGUUUGUAUUAGCACUGUUUAUAUGGAGAGAAAACUCAUGAUUGUGUCCAUAUGUACAGUAUAUCGUUGAUUCAUAGGCAUCUAUAGCAUAUUAGGGUUCAGUGGGGAAAGCUCAGGUUCAAAGGGUAGACAGACAGGCAGAUGGACAAACAUGCCAAUACCAGUUCAAAUAAAAGUCCAAUCCCAGCAAAAUUUACACUUAUCAGCAGCCUGUGCCAAAGCUGAAAAAAAAAACAUGUUUGGAUAUUUUUGUGGGAGAGCUGGCGAUUAAAAAUUAAUGUUUGGUUUGUCUAAAAUUCGACUAUAUAAUUGUUUUCGGGUCUUGGGGGAAGAGACGGUCUGUAAAAGAAAAAGUACAAAAUUAAAGUUUAGGCACUUGUAAACUAGUCAGACCUACACUUAUUCACUCCUGUACAAUCACAGCACUGGUAGAUUCCUGCUACCUUUAUGCCAUUUGAUUGAUCUUCCUUUAUGUAAAAUGGAAAGACUCAUUUUAACUCUGUACACGUUGUUAUCACAGAAGUGACACAACAAUCCAUGUUUUUGUUUAUAGCGUUGAUUGUCAUUAUUGAAGAAAAUUUUGGAUUGGGGGCGCAUUUUACAAAUUUAGCUGUACUUGCCUUAGAACAAAGAUUUUGUCACUGAGCAUUUAUCUUAUGACUGUGCCAUAAUCUCUCGUUACCUGUUAUAACAGGUAUUAUGUCCAUUCGGGAUUGGAAGUGAACUCACAUGACGUAAAAAGUAUUAUUGUGCACAUAAGGUCAGAAAAAGGUUAUGCAAAAUACAAAGAUGCAAAAUAAAUGCAUUAUUACUCAGUAUCAGGAAAUUCUCAUACAAAAGGCAUUUGUGCUUUUACUUCAGCAGCACUUUAAUGUUUGGACCUCCUGCGAGUUCCUUUCCACUUCCUGAUGAUGUGUCACGUAGGGAAAACCCCCUCGACUCAUGUCAUUUGAGCUUAUUGUACCGAUACCGUAGAGAAAAGUAUCACUAACCUAUAAAACCUCAGUCUAUGUUACAAUAUUAUCCCAGUUGGACUUAUGACUGUGACUUAGCUUAGAACUAUUUUAAGUUGUUUUGUUUUGUUUUGUGUGCUUCCCAUUUUUGGAAGUACCUUUUUUUUUUCUUGACGACCUGUGUCACAUUUCCAUCAUGGCUCGUUUGUAUCAAGUUUUGAUAUUGGUAAAGCCAUCUGGGACCUUGGAAAUAAGUCUGUUGAUAAUGAAUUCACAGAAAGUUUCUACAAGUUUGUUUUUAUCCUCUCUUCUUUUGUUUGGCAAUAUGGAUUAUCCAUUAAAUGAAAUAAAAUUUUGUUGUUCACAGU